CAGGUGGCCCCGAGCACGCGCGUGCCCGUAUAUCGAGUGCGUAAACGCGCGCACACGCGAGUUUGUAAACAGCUCGAGGCGAUCCGAAGGAGAGGAAAAAAAAGUGCAAUUUAUUAUUUUAUUAUUAUAAAAAAAAAUGACGCAGCCGAAGAUGCCGGAUUAUCGGCCGCUGGACGAUGCCACGACCGAGGAAAUGCUGCGAGACUUCACGGGCGAGAGGACCGGCUGGGUACAGGUCGGCCCGGAGAAAUGGUUCUUUCCGCAUCGCUACACCGAGCAGGGCCAGGGCUUUUACAAUUUCAAGGCCAGGCCGGACGACACCUGGGUACUGUCCUAUCCUAGAUCAGGCACUACAUGGACUCAAGAGCUCGUGUGGCUCGUCGCGAACGACUUGGAUUUCGAAACAGCCAAGAGCCGCUUGCUCGCCGAAAGAUUUCCAUUUUUAGAAUUCAGCAUGUUCAAUCAUCCCGAGCUGACCGAGGAGUUUCUCGAGCGGAACGCCGGCCACGAGGCGAGGCAGGCCCUCGUGCGAGCCGUGACGAUACCCGGCUACGAGGUGCUGGACAAGAUGCCGGGCCCGCGCUUCAUCAAGUCCCACUUUCCGUUCAGCCUGCUGCCCAACAUACUGGAGAGCGGCGCCAAGAUGGUCUAUGUGGCUAGAAAUCCAAAGGACGUAGCCGUGUCCUGGUACAAUUUGAAUAAAGCCUUCAAGACUCAAGGCUACCAGGGAGACUUUGCUAAAUUCUGGCGUUACUUCCGCGACGAUCUGACACCUUGGAGCCCCUACUGGAAACACCUGAAUCAGGCAUGGUCAAAUCGCAAUCACAAAAACGUCCUCUUCAUCUUCUACGAGCAGAUGCAGACGGAUCUGGCCGGCGUCAUCCGCAAGGUGGCGGACUUUCUCGGCAAGUCCUACAACGCCGAGCAGAUCCAGCGUCUGGUCGAGCACCUGGACGUCAAGAGCUUCCGCGACAAUCCGAUGAUCAACGGCCAGGAGCUCAAGGACUGCGGCAUCAUUAGGCCCGAGGCCGAGUUCGUGCGCAAGGGCAAGAGCGGCGGCUGGCGCGAUCACUUCGCGCCCGAGCUCGAGGCCGAGGCCAACGACUGGAUCAAGCGCAACCUCGUGGACUUUGAGUUCCCGCUGUCCAACAACAAUUGGCUGUGAUCCGACGAUUUCUUCUUCGUUU